GCUCUCACCCCCGGGAUGAGCUCCUGGGGCACAAAACCAAACCAAUCCCGGCUUCUGAGGAGCAGGGGUUGGCACCAAGGGAAAUGCAUCUUCCUGGACCCCGGAGGGCAGAAUCUGAACUUAGCCAAGGAAGAAACGAAUUCCCUUUCCCAGGAACAGGUAUCCCAAGCUACCUCAGGCAUCAAAAUCGAAGUCCAGAGUCACAGUGACUCAGCGAACUUGAGGCUUAAGGACCACAACACUGUACACCCUCCUCCCUGUCUGCCCCAUUCCGUGCGGAGGCGCUUUCCCGAGGCUGGGAGAGGCACAGGGCGCGCCGGGACUCCACCAGACACUGGCACCCUGGUGUCCCCAAAUGGUUUCUGGACAGAGUCCAGAUGGGCAUACCUCCCACCUGCACCCGUACUCUUUACCCGCGCCCUCCCGCCCCGCUCCUUCCACGUCGGGGGUCCCCACUCCUGCCCCCAGACUCCCCUUCCUUCCCAGAACCGCAGCCCAGGCGCGCCCCACCCUGCGCCCCAGAGUCCCAGAGGCUCCGCCCUGGCGGGCCCCGGUCCAGUGGGCCGGGCGCCAGGAGCUAUAAAGUGGCGGGCGCUUUGCACGGGGCACCCCGGAGCCCCAGCUUCUGCUUGCAGACCUGGUCCCCCAUACCCGCGCCACGACUUUGCCACGGCCAGCAGCGCUGCCAGUCAAGGCACCACGGGAGCCCUUGCUGCCAGAAGAGCACUGAUCGUCCUGGCCCACGCAGAGAAGACAUCCUUCAACUAUGCCAUGAAGGAGGCUGCGGUGGAGGCCUUGAAGAGGAAAGGAUGGGAGGUCACUGUGUCGGACCUAUACGCUAUGAACUUCAAUCCCGUCAUCUCCAGAAAGGACAUCACAGGCACACUGAAGGACCCAGGGAACUUUCAGUAUCCUGCCGAAUCUGUUCUAGCUUACAAGGAAGGCCGUCUGAGCCCGGAUAUUGUGGCGGAACAAAAGAAGCUGGAAGCCGCGGACCUUGUGAUUUUUCAGUUCCCACUGCAGUGGUUUGGAGUCCCUGCCAUCCUGAAAGGCUGGUUUGAGCGAGUGCUCAUAGGGGAGUUUGCUUACACAUAUGCUGCCAUGUAUGACAAGGGACCUUUCCGGAAUAAGAAGACCAUGCUUUCCAUCACCACUGGUGGCAGCGGCUCCAUGUACUCUCUGCAGGGUAUCCACGGAGACAUGAAUAUCAUUCUCUGGCCAAUUCAGAGUGGCACUCUCCAUUUCUGUGGCUUCCAAGUCUUGGAACCUCAACUGACCUACAGCAUUGGGCACACUCCUAUGGAUGCCCGAAUUCAGAUCUUGGAAGGAUGGAAGAAACGCCUGGAGAAUAUCUGGGAUGAGACUCCACUGUAUUUUGCUCCAAGUAGCCUCUUUGACUUAAACUUCCAGGCAGGAUUCUUAAUGAAAAAGGAAGUGCAGGAUGAGCAGAAAAAUGAAACAUUCGGCCUUUCUGUGGGCCAUCAUUUGGGCAAGUCCAUCCCAACUGACAACCAGAUCAAAGCCAGAAAAUGAGACUCACAAGACUUGGUUUCCUUCUAAAAUGUAGCAAAACUGAGGUUUCUUAUUCAGACUUCCUUGACUUGCUUUAGUCUUUAAGGUGGGUUUCUUUUUCCACAGGGAAUGAAUCGGGGACAGAAUAGACUGUAUUAAUAUAUUUUUGGUUAGUUUUCUUUCUGAUUCUUAUGAUUGCUAUCUUGUCAAAAUCUGAUUAGGCUCAAGAGGCCACUUAGGUUAUAAAGCAGGGCAAGGAGUAGAAAGAUGCCAGACAAUAAUCUUUAUGGUCCUCUACACGAUUUAAUUCCUCUUAUUAGGGAUACAUUUUUAGGGUCAAAUGUGGCAAGGCAAAAUCUAACUCUUCAAUGAUAUAUUUUUCUUUUAAUCACCUCUCUGUGGCUUAUGGCAGAAGGGAAUUGCUCAGAGAAAGAAAUGACUGAAUCUGUCUGACCCAAGGGACUUGUUUAGUAGUUAGUAAUUUAUGCUUGUUUAUGGUAUUGGUUUUAAUUACUGCACAGUGACUAAUAUGCCUAAUGUUUUACUCAUGCUUCAACCUCUGUUGUAUGUAUACAGUACCUACAGAUACCUUCAAGUAAAAGAUAAUAGAAGUCUCUUUUUUAUUUCUGUCUUCUAAUUUAAUGUCUGCAGAAAUAAGCCAACACCUCUAUACACUGUAUCUGCUGCAAUGAAUGAAUUCAGGAAAAGUUACUCCCCGUACUUAGCAACAGCCUUCUCCAAAUAGUAUUUUAUUUCUGAGCUAUAUAACACACUGGAAGGUUUCCCUCUAUCAUUGCUAAACUGAUGACUUUCCUUUUGGAUGCAUUUUGGUCCCACAAUUUUGGGGAUGAAAUUGUAAUCCUAGAGUUUCAUUAACUGAACAAUUUUGACAUUAAUAUUCCAACUUCCAAUUUCAAUUAAAGUCAGGCUCACUGUCAGUAUAUAACUCAAGUAGAAUAUGACGAAAUGCCGCCCUCUUGUGGUGCACUGAAAGAAAACAGGAGAGAUUAGGCAAAGCCAGGUUGCCUGAAACUGUGAACAGUUUCCUGGACCUGCCAAGAAAAUGAGGGCAGCAGACCAGAGCCUCAUGUGCUAGAUGCUGA